UGUGUAUGCGCGCCCACACUUGCAAUGAAAACACCGAGUUCACUAAAACAAUACCGAAAGAUCACCGAAGUCACCGACGGCCAUUAGAAACGCUAUACAGAAACAUUAUUGAUGGCGAAUAUUUGUCCUAUAGAGGAGUUCUGAGAAAACAACUGAAAAAACAGUCCUCUAAGAACACAUUUGGAUUUCAGACGGCAUAUUUAAGUUCAGUAAUAUAAAUCAGAGGGUCCGCUCCGUUUCCAUUUGCAAACUUAUUUCCUCAUAUCAGUUGCAGAGUUUCGCCUUGUUUACCUCAAAUUCACUCACAGACGAUCUUCUCCACGUGUGCAAAGUACUUGCGAUCGCAUCCCUCACAUUUCUCCACAUUUAGCUCUGCUACACAUAACUUUAUAUUUUCCCUUCGCCAGUUUCCUAAAAAUGCGAAUUUUCAGUUUUGGGCUACGUACUUGCAGAGAUUAUGCGAGUGUAGUACUCGCCUGGUUCUUAGUUUACGUGGAGUUAUGUUUCCGAUUAAUUCUAGCUCUUAUUCCUCGAGUUAUUCGUGGGCGGAUGCGUAAAGCAGUCCGUACUCUGUACGAUUAUUUUAUUUUCUCGAAAUCCGGUUCUGGGAUGACGGGUGUCAUACAGAGAUGCCGAAAUAUUUAUGAAAUUUGCGAAGCGUUUGGGUACAUUGCCGAGGAACACCUUGUUAGAACAGAAGAUAAUUUUGUUCUUUGCCUCCAUCAUAUCGUCAAUCCAAAACUCAGAAACACCAGCGGGAAACACCGUGGAGUUGUUUAUUUUCAACACGGUUUAAUGACCAAUUCCGAGCUUUGGGUUGCUGUCGAUAAAGCAAGUAACUGUUUACCUUUUGCACUGGUAGAUCGUGGAUACGAUGUUUGGCUUGGUAACAAUCGCGGAAACAAAUAUAGUCGUAAGCAUGUUCGGUAUUCUCCUAACGAUGAAGAGUUUUGGGACUUUUGUAUCGAUGACAUGGCCAUGUUUGACAUCCCCAACUCUAUCAACUACAUAUUAAGCGCGACUAAGGAAAAAUCUCUGAGCUAUGUUGGCUUUUCCCAAGGCACAGCUCAAGCUUUUGCUGCUUUAAGUAUUAACCCUACACUUAACGAAAAGAUUAAUCUGUUUGUGGCCUUGGCACCCGCCUUUACACCCAAAGGUUUUUCAAACGAAUUGCUUGAUUACUUGGUAAAGGUGAAUCCUAAAAUCAUGUUUCGUCUCUUUGGAAGAGGCUGUUUGCUACCUUCGGUCACUUUCUGGCAAAACAUAUGCUAUCCUCCGAUUUAUAUGAAAAUUGUUGAUAUAUCCCUAAAAAUGCUGUUUGACUGGAAUCUGGCCAACAUCACCCAAGAGCAAAAGAUCUGUGGAUACGCUCACUUAUACUCGUUUUCCAGUGUAAAAAGUUGUGUCCAUUGGCUUCAAAUUAUGCAAAAUUCCAGGUUCCAGUUGUACGAUGAUGAUCUAAAAGUCAUCGGUGGAUACGAUAGUCGUCAUUAUCAUGUUGCACACUUUCCUACACGAAACAUCAAGUGUCCUAUAACUGUUGUUUGGGGAAAGGAAGAUACGCUUGUAGACAUGGAGAUCAUGCUUGCGGCCUUGCCUCCUCAAAGUAAAGACUUUGGUAUUGACGGUUAUGAACAUUUGGACAUGCUGUGGGCGAAAGAUGUUAAGGAAAAAGUGUUUCCCAUUGUGUUCUCUUCUCUGGAAGAACUUAACCGAAAGCGUCCCUUGCUUUGUAAUGCUUCGCCCAUUGGAAACUGUGAUUGAGCCUACCGUUUCGCUAUUGUAACCAUUAUUAGGGGGUUUGGGGAACUUGUUCUCAACUAUUCCCCAACCUCCUUCUGUACCACUUAUUACUUUAUUGUAACUUUUUAAAACAUUCAUUUCAAUAGUUCAUUACUUUUGUAUCACAACGCAACUCCAAGCCUAAUUGUCGUAAACGGCGAAAGAAGUGUUAGGAAACAAAAUCCGUUGCUGCUUAACCCACGUAGUUAUAAACCGUUUUCCACUUUCGCUUGGUUGUGAA